AAAAUGAUCAUCGAAUAAGUGCAUUAUGUUAAUCGGUGCAUUUGUUGCCAUUUCAAGUGUAAUUUCUUCGACGGAUUUGGAUGCGUGGCAAGAAUUUAAGACAAAAUUUUCAAAACAUUAUGCAAACGAAACGGAAGAAAAUCAUCGCAUGGACACGUACCGAAAUUAUGCCCAAACUGUGACAUUGCUAGCGCCACGACGGAAUUCAAUGUAAUCUACACUAAGUUGCCGCCAAAUAGUGAAAAGACUUUUGCUCAGUUGCAACCAACGGACUAGAGCUCCAUAGUUGUCCGUAGUGGCGCUAGCAGUGCUACAGUUUUGCAUUUUAUACAGUCUCUUAUGGAGCAUAAUUUCUGUAUGCAUGGACAUUAUUUUGAUGUUGUCACAUGCAUUGAUAUUGCAAUAUAAUACCUUUGCAUGUGCCUCAUUUUGUUUAAUUCUUGAAAAAAUACAUACGACACGUUUAUAUCGCAUUUUGAUAAAUCACGAAAAUGGGCAUGUUAUAAAUUCCAACCCAACUAAGUGCACAUAAUAGAGGGACUUGAUUAAGCUUGCAAUGUGUAUUUUUCGAACGAUAUAACGUCAUUUUAAAGUGAAUUUGAAAACAGCUUGAAACAUUUAGCACUUUUACCUUCAAUUAUGAGUCCAUUUUCCCUUCGAAGUUUCAGUAUGAACAAGUGCAUUAUUUUAAUCGGUGCAUUUGUUGCCAUUUCAAGUGUAAUUUCUUCAACGGAUUUGGAUGCGUGGCAAGAAUUUAAGACAAAUUAUUCAAAACAUUAUGCAAACGAAACGGAAGAAAAUUAUCGCAUGAAAAUUUACAUAAAACUUAAAAAAGAAAUCGACAAACACAAUGAACUCUAUGAAAAAGGCUUAGUUUUAUUCAAAAGAGGCGUGGACAAAUACAGUGAUUUAACAGAUGAAGAGAUCACGAGUCGCAGGAGAGGAUUUGAUUCCAAUAUGACUAGACCUGAAUCUGAAGCUGACGAUUUAGAAUAUUUUGUGGGAUCGUCUCAUUAUAAAUUGCCAGACUAUGUGAACUGGAGAGAGAAAGGCGUUGGACCAGCAAAAGAUCAAGGUGAUUGUGGAAGUUGCUGGGCUUUCGCGGCAGUUUCAGCUGUCGAAAGUCAUCUAUUCAUUAAAAAAGGGGUGCGAGUAUCAUUAUCACCGCAAAAUAUCAUGGACUGUUCAUCAAAGUAUGCACAUUCUUUUAAACAACGAUUUUUUAAUAAUGGAUGUAGCGGCGGUUGGCCAGAUCAAGCUUUUAAAUAUAUCAAACAUCAUGGCAUUUAUACAGAAAGUGCUUAUCCAUAUGAAGCUAAGAACAGAGCCUGCCAAUAUAAACAUUACCAAAAAUCGAGAAUCUCUAUUCGCGGCUACCACACAAUUCCAAGUGGAGAUGAGCGAAAAUUGAAAGAGACGAUCGCAAAAGAGGGACCCGUGGUUGUCGUAAUUCAUGCGGGUCAUUUAUUCGACUCUUAUCGUGGUGGCGGCUAUUAUGCUUGUCUCUUGGAGAAACACAUUUUGAAUCACGUCGUUUUGGCAGUAGGUUACGGAACAGAUAAAUUUGGAAGAGAUUACUAUAUCUUGAUGAAUUCAUUUGGAGUAGGGUGGGGAGACACGGGUUACAUGUAUUUGCUGAGAAAUAUGGAAAACCCCUGUGGCAUCGCCACGAAUGCUUUCUACCCCAUUGUUUAGAUAUAAACGUUACCUUUCCUAUUUCUAUAAACGAUAAACAAUAUUCCUCUUUUUGCAAAAUUUUGGUCAAAUAUUUUAUAUAUAACUGAACUAUAAGUUUUUUUAAGUAUACACAUAAGAAGAUUUUUUGACUAAUUAACAAAGAUUUUCUGUUUAUAUUGUAGCUUGAAGGUUAAUUUGAUAUAAGUUUAAUGAAAAAAAUGCAGUGUAAAAAUAAAUAAAUGAAAUUGCAACA